CUACGACUAUCACUACACCACAUUUCAGCUUCACUUUCUCAGUGAAAUCUGCGUUUUUCUGCUUCGAAACAUGAAAGCUUCAAUCAAGUUUCGUGAGGACCAGAAGCCAUUGUUGAGGGCUAAGGUCCCUAUCAGCAUCCUAAGCUUUCCUUUCCAAUUAGGAAUCGCCGCCGGCGAAUCCAAAGAGCUCUCUCUCAGCCUCGGCACUUUCUUCGAUGCCGGCCCCUCUAUUAAAUUCUCUUACCGGCCCAAUGAUUCGCAGAAGCCGUUCAGUUUUGUGCCGAAAACUGGACUCGGGAAUUAUGGACCUCGGAAUUCGAGCUCAGGAAGUGAUGGAGAGUCUGGUGAUUAUGUUUUGGACACGCGUCAGAAUGAGGAUGCGGAUGAAAGUAGUACUGCGAAGCAUCUGGAGUCUGCAAAUACAAUGUUCUCAUUCAUUUGGUGGAUAAUUGGAUUCUGGUGGUGAAAGCAGAUCAGGUGGUGAAGCAAUCAGGCGUC